AUGUUUGACGAAGAAAGUCCGAAGAAAAAUAAAAAUAUAAAUGGUGUGCAACAUGAUCAGCAGAAGUUCCAUCAAUUGUGUAUACCACUGCUUUUUUAUUUAAAAGAUAUAGAAGGAAAAAGUAAAUCAAAUUCAAUCCCUAAUAUCAAAGAAAGUUGUAUAUGUUUCUAUUACAAUCUAAUGGAUCUAGUGAAAAAAUAUAAUGGUAAAUUCGAUGAAAGACAAAAUUGUUACAAUAUUUUGAAAAGGAAACGUCGAAAUGCCAAUUUAAUAGAGCUUCCUAAAGUAUGUAAUGUUCAUCUUCAAGAUUUGUAUAUUGAUGAAGAAAAUUUAUAUGGUAUAUUUUAUUUUAUGAAUAUACUAUAUGGUAUCAUUAAUAAUUUAAGCAGAAAUCAACAUUUAUGUAAGCAGUAUAGUCAAGAAUGCGAAGGAAACAUAAAAAGAUUAAGAUCAUGUGAUUUUAGUGCCAACAAAAGUUUACAGGACGUAAUUGGUAACAUUGAAAAUCGGUAUCAUGAAGAAUGCCCUAAUCAUGUUUACACUAACUAUGGUUCACUUCUAAAACAUGGUGUAAAAGGUUUAAGAAGUAUGCUUAAAAAAAAAAGUAAAAGGCAUAAUGAUUUAAUGAAUUCAUUUGAAAUGAUAUACAAAAAUUCAGUGGAUAAGAAGUAUCAAAUAGCUUAUUCAUCAGAGUACUAUUAG